AUGGCACAUGGUUCUAGUGUUAAACAGAUUAGCUUUUAUGAUGACGACGUACACAAUUGGCAACUUUGGCGUAAUCGAUCUGCUGCUGCUGAAGCUCCACCGGCUGUGAGUAAUGUCACCUCGGCUUUUAGUUCUCCUGCUCCAUCAACAAAAGGACGCCAUUUUCUGGUCAUAUGUUGUGAGAAUAAAGCUAUUUUUCUGGAGAAAAUCUCAAAUAUAUAUUCUAAGAAGCUGAAUUACAUAAAUCUUAUGGCAUCUAAAUCAGCAUCUGCUAAGGGAGCUUUGUCAUUGUUAAUUAUUCUUGUAUGCAUGGACAUGACAGCAGUUAGGGCUGCAAACCCGAAAUUCUUGAAUUUCGCCGUUUCGCCACAACCGCCAUUGUCUGCUGUUGGGGCAGGAUCAGAAGCAAUGCCGAUGGUGGAACGGUUUCUGCCGUGCUUGUCAGCUCUAAAAUAUUGA